UUAUAAGUCAAUUGAUUUAUUUGUUUGCAUUACAUAUACAUUGAUUGAUUGAUUUCAAAACUUAUCGUUASAUUUAGCCUAUUGUUUGAUUACCGUUUGCUGGCCACCSSUAUAUACUGGCCAUCGGAUCUAUGGAUCACAAUAAUGYCAAUGAUAUGUUGAUGUCGUCAUCGAUGAUGAAAGUCGAGCCCAUAGGCGCCGACGGCGAUGACCAACUGUUGCCGACGACGAUUGACGACAUAUCGUUGGAUGUACUAAAUCGGCCAACAAAUCAAGUGGUCAAUCAUAAUCAAGACAUUGCCAAUCAAGACGGCGGCGCCGGCGAAGACACCGAUACCGGCAACGAGAUAGUGACCGCCAAUUCGGUCGAUGAUAUCACAGAUAUGUUAACUUCCGAGUCGUCGUCCUCGUCAACGAUGACGACAACUGUUACCGCUAUUGACGCCACCGCUAAUAUUAUCAACAAAAACAAUCAUCAAUUGGUCGACAAUCGGCCGAAAACAAUGUCAUCGAUAAUGACAAAGACGGCUAAACCGAUGUACUGUUAUAUCCUGAAAAAUGGUCAAUCAUUAGCCAUCAAUGCCGCCGACGCCACAAAGUUGACGCCCGAUAUUAUCGAAAAGAUUAGACAAAAGUUUACGACGACUACUACUACUACUACUACUGCCGAUAUUUCGCUGCCCAAAGUGAUAACCGUCAAGAAAGUGGUCACCAAACCGAUCCAAAACACCAGAAAAUCAGUCAAUAAUAAUAARAAUCUAUCAUUAGUUAGUACAACAACAACGACAACUGUUCCCAUAUCUACAUCCUCGUCAUCAUCAUUGCCAUCGACGAUAUGUGUAUCAGCAAUAAUAAGACCACUAUCAUCAUCAUUAUCAUCGACAACAAUGACAACUAACAGUAGUAGUAGUAGUAGUUAUGGUAAUCAGCAAACAAUUACCAAUAAUAAUAAUAAUAAUAGACAAGAAGUGCYAUCAAUGCCAAAGAUUGUUAGAAUAAGACCAAUGAUUGGCUUCAMCGACAAAACGACGAGUAGUGGUAAUAAUAAUAAUAAUAAUAAUAAUAGGAUUAUUGAUGAUAAUGUAGUAGAAGUAGUAGAUAAUGAUAAACAAGAAGUAGAAGAAGUUUGUCAGAUAUCGAGCCCGAGUACUACCAUUACGACAGCCAUUGCCGACGCUGUCGUCUCCUAUGUUAAAGAAAAUACCGAAUCAAAUGUUGGCCAUCAGAUGCCGAAAAAAAUUUACUUCAAAGCUUCGGGAUAUAAACAAUCGGCAAAUACAAGUACCGAUAAUUGUAAUAAUAAUAAUAACAAUAAGAAACGGUUUACUGGAUUGUUGUGCAACAGAUAUGGUUUUAGGACACCAUUUGGCGGAUAUCCAACUGUUGUUACCAAUAAUACCGGCACCGCCUCUCACGGCGCCACCACCAGAGUUGUCAAUCAAACUACGCCAACAACAACAACAACAACAACGACGACGACUAAGAUGACGACAAGUCUGGACAAUAAGUCGAAAUUCGAGCUGGAAUUGCAACCGAAACCCGAAUACUUGAAAUUAGUUGGCCAACCAAUCGGWUUGCAAGUAAAACGAGUCGUCAUUAAUAUGAAACGUGCGCUAGAAUUGCGCGGUCAUUCCAAACGGUCGCACAUUAUCUACGAAAUAUGCUAUCUGACCGGUUUGUCCCGUAAAUUGAUUAGCCGUAUAAUGCGAGAAUACGACCGAACCGGUGGUCAAAUGGUCGACCCGAAGAUUACACGCAAUAGACCGCUGAAAUUUAAAGGCGAUUCGCCCGCCGAUCGCCAGAUUAUCGACAAAUUUGUACUAAACUAUCAACAACUGAACGRAAGRCGGCCGACAAUCCAAGAGGUUUACAACGGGUUAGCGGUGGCCACCAAUCGGGACCUCACGUUUAGCGGCUGUAAUAUCGGUACAUUUCAUCGUAUUUAUAAGUCAAUGGGAUUCAAACCGCCCGAACCGUUACACACACACAAAGUAUUGAAACAGGUGUCGCAAAUUGUUACCCGAAAAGACUGUGCAAUGUUAGGCCAAGUGCUUGAAUCGGGCGAAAAACGAUAUCCGUGUCAUUGGCCCGAAUGCGGCAAAGUAUACAAAGUAUCGGCCAGUUUAAGGGUUCAUCUGAAUGUACACAACAAUGUUAAGCCGUAUUUGUGUCAGUGGUCAGGUUGUGACUACCGAUCGGCAACGUAUAGCAAUGUACUCAUACAUUAUAAACGCAAACAUGAAAAAUAAUAAUAAACUUCUUUUUAAAAAAUUUUAUAAUAAA